CCACGUAACAGAGGACUCUGUCUCUCACUUUCCACUUCACCUUCACAAUUUCUGGGCUGGGAGAGAAGCUGAGAGCUCCAAGCUGAGCGAUUCAUCAGCUCUCUACUCUUUCUUGAUCGAGAAAGACAGAGUGAGAAACAGAGGAUUUAUGUCGUCUGGGUUUGAUCUGUUGUCUGGAGCUCCAAAGAAGCUCUGGGUUUCUCUCCUUUCUGUUUCCAUCUCUUUCUGCCAUUUUUUCAAUUUUUGCAAGCAAUCUUGGUCCCUUGAGAAGAAGAAGAAUCAGACCUUUUUGAUCAUCGGCUUCCGAUUAAGAUCAAAGCGGUGUUGUUCUUGGGUAGAUUGCUUGAAAGAUUGUCUAACCAAACGUUUACUAUUUUCAAUUUUGGGUUUUAGGGGUUUGGUGUUUACUUGAUAAUCAAGGUUAUCAAAGAUUUGCUUUCCUAUUUUCCCGUUUCAAUUUUGUUUUUCUUUGUUAAUAUCCUUUCUGGGAUUAAGGGUUUUCUCUAUAAAAUUGAAUUUCGUAUAAUGCCAGGCCUUAGAGGGCCAAUUUUGGAUCAAAAUUUGAAUUCCGAGGAAGAGAAAAAGAAACUAGGCAUGGAAAAAAGUUUAAGAAAAGUAAGAAUAAUAUACCAUGAUCCUGAGGCCACAGACUCUUCAAGUGAUGAAGAUGAAGGAUUCAUUGAGAGGAUUGACAGAUUGAGCACCGGUAAGCGUAUUGUUAGAGAGAUUACUCUCUCAAUCCUGCCAUGUGAACCAGUUGCUGAAGAUUCUUCACAACACAAUAGCAAUGGGGACAAAGUCAGAAGCACCACUAAUUGUGGUGAAAACAAGAAAACUCGAAUGGCGUCCUCUAAUUACAAGGGCGUUCGACGAAGGCCAUGGGGGAAGUAUAUAGCAGAAAUUAGAGAUCCAUUUCGAAAAGUUCGCAUAUGGCUUGGUACCUAUGAUACAGAAGAGGAAGCUGCUGCUGCUUACAGGAAAAAGGAGGAGGAAUUUGAGAGAAUGAUGGAAGAAAAUAAACUCAACAGUUCACUAAAUGAUUCAAAAGCUGUACCGGAACAAUCCGGUGAUAUGUUUUCGCACCCAUCACCAUCUUCUGUGCUUGACGUCUCCAAUACAAGCUCACAAGUUCAUGGAGUUGAAAGUUCAAUUAAAGAAGAAAUCAGUUUACAGAAGGCAGUGAAAGAAUGCAGUUUGGAGAAUUUGGUGGAAGAUUAUUUCACAGAGGAUCUAUCUAUUUCUAAAUUUUGGGAUGAGCCAUUGCUAUCACCAUCAAUUAGUCAGGAUUUUCUGGGUAUUGAUUGCUACCCAGAAUUUGGGAAUGAUUUUGAGAAAUUUUUCGACGGUGCAGAAGAUUUUUUUAUGGCUAAAAGCAAUGAUGAGGUUGGAGAUUUUUCCCUUGAUGGAGUGUUGGAUCUUCCGAACAUUGAAGAACUUGAGACUCUUGCUUUUGUUGAGGACACUCUCAACUUUGCAUGCCCAUAAGCUUUAAGUAUUCUGCAUAUAUGAAUCACAGAUAGUGAUAGUAUGUAUAUAUUUGAUUUUACAGGGAAGAGGAGAGAUUAGAUUCUUUGUCCUCAGUGAGGGGAAAAGAGAGUUUCUUGGGGGUUUUGUUUGUGAUUUCAAGAGCCACCCAAGAUGUUUCCUUUCUUUUUUUUUUUUCAACUCGAUGAUAAGCUAAAUUAUUGAGUAAAUUUACUAUGCAGAACUUUUUAAGCCUAA